UGGCAGGGUGGCAAAGCGACACCUUACCGAGCGCCGGAGAAUGCCAACCUCAUGCCUGGAGGCACUGAGCACACGGCGGGAGGGAAAGCGCCCGAGGUCACCGUUUGGAAUGCGCUGCCGAAGCUAAAUGACUUUACGGAAUUUCACAAGAGGCCGUGUGUGCGGGAUGCGCUGCUGACGGGGAUUGGGGGCGGUGCUGCGUUCGGGGGUGUAAGGGCUGUCUUUGGAGCUACCGUAUGGACCGCUUGUUCGUGGGCUACCGGAACGUUCUGCUUUGGCUCCGCUGUUAUGUAUCAAUACUGCCUGUACAGACGGAAGGCGGAGAAGGAAGGCAUGAUGAGAGCAGUUGAGAUACUGAACAAGAAGGACAUCGAUCGCAAAGCGAGGGAGCAAAGAAAGGAGAAAAUCAGAGAAGAGAGGCGGGCAGCGAAAGAUGUAGAGCAAGACACACAGCUUGCAGCAUUAAGUCAGGCGCAGACGAUGAAGACGGAUGGCGGAGGUGGCAAGCCUUGGUGGAAGGUGUGGUGAUAGUAUAAGAUCUUUUGGCUGUACACUACGACAGUUCGGACUGCGCCGGGCAGACAGGCUAUGGCUGAGUAGUACACGCUGCCCCUGCAGUAGUACUCUGCCCUUCAAUCACCUCGACGAUGGUGUAGCAGGUAUAGAAGCGUACUUUGUCCGCCACUUGCCACCUCAAGAUGCCCAAGGUGCGACAUAAAGCUAGGGCGCCAUCC